AUGAAGCUGGUCCGUCCAGCCGUGGGCUACAUCGCCAAUGCCGAUGCUAUGGCAUUUCUGAAAAGGGCUGCCUUCAUCGUGUUUGCUGAGAAGUACAUCUAUUUCCGACCACCCACUGAGAAGCAUGUCAAGGUGCAGCGUGUUUUUUGGACCAACUCAGAUUCAAAGGACAUUCUUCUUCCAGAUUGCAAGCCAACCCUGAAGAAUUGGAAAAAUGGUGGGCCUCAGCCGGAUACUUAUUCCGCAUCUGUGGCAUGGGAGACUGAAUGGUUGAAAGAGCUAUUCCGUCGACAUGAUCAUCCUGUACGUCCUGCUUCGCCAGCUUGUCCUGCUACUCCUUUGACUUCCACGCCUGGUUUGGAUGCGUUGCUUCGGGCUGAUGGGGCUUUGCCUGCUGCACCUGCUUCUUCAAGGCCGGCAUCGAGUUCAUUGUCAAUUCCUCACCCUGCCCCUGCUCUUUUGGUUGGCGUACCCAAGUUGGAGCCAGCCGAGCAUCCGGAUGCGCAUGCAUGGUUGGCCACAGCGACACGUGGAGAUCCUGUGGAUGUAGACACAGAUCGUGCAAGUGCAGGUUGGACCGUUAAGGAAGAGCCUUCCUUGAAGUUCCAGAGCCUUGCCUUUACCUCUAGUGAGCCCAUUGUCUUGGACACACCUUCCCCGCCACCACACAAGAGACAGAGAAGGACAGAAGACAUUCCCAAUCCGGACACUUUGCCUGGACUUCUUCCUCCCUCUGAUGACGAAGAUCCGAUGCCUCGCGUUGGUGCUGCUCCUGACUUAGAAUAUGGAGGCCUUUUCAUCCAGUAUCAUGAAGAACUUCUGUUCCGUGGUCAUCUCUCAAGUGCUGCUGUGUCCUGCGCUUACCACGUUGUCCACGGAGAUUCCCAAGAGUCAAUCCUUCAGAACUUUGACAAGCUGCAUGCGUCCGCGUUGUUCUACUACAUGGCUGUGAGGGAGUUCGAGUUGUUGGGCCUGCAUCAGGAGAUCAUGAUCGAAAAGGAGAUCCAAGAUACCCAUCUUGACCUCUACGAUUCCUUUUGCCACUCAUCUACCUUUCCUCCACACAAGCGUCAGCAGGUGAAGACCUUAGUCCUUGAUGGAAACCAGAAGCUGAAGAUGCAGUGUGAUAUGGCGCCAAUGAAGCGCGCAGGCCGUCCUAGGAAGUCUGAGCACACCACCGGGCACUACACCAAUGGCUGGAUGCUUGCGUGUGAUCCGAAGUCCGGUCGCAUCAUCAGCUUGCAGGUCAUGCAUGAGCCUGAAGGCAACGAGGCCUUGAAUCAGAUCGGCUACUAUGUCGUGGAUGGUUUUCAUUCUCAUGGCUACCGCAAGAAGCUGGAGAAGCGCACUCACAAAGAGAACACUUCGAUCUGCGAACAGGUCUUCUCGUGGUUCCGCAACUUUUCCCCUAUCAUCAAUGAGAUGCGAGCCCACCGGCACAAAUUCUUCUUGUUGCUUCUGUCCAAGCGUCACAACGAGUCCAUUGAGGGUGGCAACAUUCGGUAUUUGCAUCCAACUCGCCUGCCAAACCUCUUCAAGAAUGCGAAGUCUGUCUCAUACCUAUGUGGCAAGAAGUCCAACACGAAGAAUGCAAUUGGCAAACCCUCGUCUGGCAACAAGAUGGUCAUGAAGGGCAAGUCCAUGAAGAGAAAGUCCAUGAAGUACAAGAAGUGA